GACCGUGCAUAUUUUUCUCCUUGUCUCCCCCCCCAAAACACCAAACGAACUGCAACUCCUCUGUUGCAUCCACGCUUCUUCCCGCUGCAACACUUCAGACAAUGAGACGCUGCAAUGCGACCCUGAUUGUCUGACGGCUCGCCUUUCCACUCUCGCUUCACACCACGCGUCGCCCGUUGGCAAUCCCACCACUGCCAUCAUCAUCAUCACCACAACAAACCGCGCCAUUCUCUUUUUUCUUUGUCGCUCACUUUCUCUGUUUGUCAGACGAUCGCCGACCCGACGCCACUGCCGACACACAAAACAUCUUGCGCACAUCACCACCACCACCAGCCGUCCCGACUUUGGUGACACCGCAAAUCGCCAACCAUGGCAUCCUCCUCUUCCUAUCUCUCGCCCAGCCAGCACAGCGACGCCGGAUUCCCUAAAAGCCUCGACACCCUCAGCAAUGCCGACUCAGCAACCGUCCCUCCCGCCCUCCUCUUCAGCGAGAAACAGCACCAGCGCCCGCCCAGCUCAUGGCGCAAGUCCUUUGGCCUCGGCACCGCAGGCGGCAAGCGCAUGAGCAGAGCGACCCUGCGCACCGGCGGCUUCACAUUUUAUCGCGAGGAAUCGCCGUCUGCAAGCAUGGAUGUCCCGCGACGCCCUGGUGCUGCUAUCACAACAGGAGCCGUCGAAGAGCCCUACGAUUACCGCUACGAUCAUGUCGCACCGCCCGCGCCGCUGCCCGAGCCGCCUAAAGUCAUGGGAUUGAAGCGCAGAACGUGCCAGCUAUUAGGCGCCGUGCUCGCCAUUAUAAUUAUUCUUGCCAUCGCUCUUGGCGUGGGACUGGGUGUUGGUCUGAAACACAAAUCUUCAGAUGCGCCGCCUGCCGCUGAGACAAACGGAUCGCCAUCGGGCGCACCGUCUUCUGCAAUUCCUACAUCAACAAGCGCGCCUUCAACAGAUCUUGUCGCGUGCCCAGCGGCCAACAAUACCACCUACAAGGUGCCCGACACAAACAGCACGUUUUUGCGCGAGUGCGGCAUCGACUAUAGCGGCAUCGACCAGGCCAAGGAUAUCGCUAGCGUAUGGACCAUGAGCAUGCAGGAUUGCAUGUUCCAGUGCGCAGAGUAUCCGGGCUGCGAGGCCUGCGGCUGGGGCGUCAUUGAGAAUGACCCGGGCAGCUUGCACCGGUGCUGGCUCAAGAGCGGCCUCAAGCAGGCGCACAAGUCCCGGCCCGGAUGGGAGUUUGCGUAUUUACAAAAGUAAUCCCGGUAGAUGUACAUCCGGUAUAUCCGGUGUCUUCUUUUUUUUUUCGUUUUUAUAGUAGCAGGUUACGGACCGGAGUUGGGAUUUUGUAUACUUUGACUUUGGCACAUAUUUCUUUUUUUCUUGCAGAUACACAUAGAUCUUUUGCCGGUGUAAUGAUACCGGCUAGUAAUGUAAUGAUAGUACAUACCCUUAUAUACCAUGAUCGGCGGUCAUCAUUUCAUUUUUAAAGGCACGUCGGGCAUAUCGGUGAUAGUUCGUGACUCACGUAUAACUGUGCCAG